AUGUUCCCUCAGCCAAGCUGCAAAAGAGCCGGCGUGCUCGCCUUAGGCCUUUUGGCCACAAGUUUGGAGCUUGUUGCCGCAGGCCCUUGCGACAUCUACGCCUCGGGGGGCACGCCGUGCGUCGCUGCGCACAGCACCACGCGCGCGCUGUACAGCAACUACACCGGUCCGCUUUACCAGGUCAAGCGCGGAUCCGACAGCAAGACGGCUGACAUCUCGACGCUUGCCGCCGGCGGUGUCGCUGAUGCCGCUGCUCAGGACUCGUUCUGCGCCAAGACGACCUGUCUCAUCACCAUUAUCUACGACCAGUCCGGCCGCGGCAACCAUCUCACGCAAGCUCCCCCCGGCGGCUUCAGGGGGCCCGCAGCUAAUGGCUACGACAACCUGGCCAGCGCGACCGGCGCACCCGUCACGGUAAACGGCCAGAAGGCAUACGGCGUCUUCGUUGCCCCUGGAACCGGCUACCGCAACAACAAGGCCAGCGGCACCGCCACGGGCGACGCCCCCGAGGGCAUGUACGCGGUUGUGGACGGAACGCACUACAACAGCGCGUGCUGCUUCGACUACGGCAACGCCGAGACCAGCAGUCAGGACACCGGGAACGGCCACAUGGAGGCCAUCUAUUUCGGCUCCAGCACCUACUGGGGCUCGGGCAACGGCAAUGGCCCCUGGAUCAUGGCCGACCUCGAGAACGGCCUGUUCUCCGGAGGCAAGGCCGGCAAGAACACGAACGACCCUACGAUCUCAUACCGCUUCACGACCGCCAUCGUCAAGGGGGAGCCCAACCAAUGGGCAAUCCGCGGCGCAGACGCCACGGCCGGCGGGCUCUCGACCUUCUACAGCGGCGCGCGCCCGGCCAACGGCUACAACCCGAUGAAAAAGGAGGGCGCCAUCAUCCUCGGCAUCGGCGGCGACAACAGCAACGGAGCGCAGGGGACCUUCUACGAAGGCGCCAUGACCUCGGGCUAUCCGUCCGACGCCACAGAAAACGCCGUGCAAGCCGACAUCGUCGCAGCCAAGUACGCCACGUCAUCCCAAGCCAGCAGCAAGGCCCUCGCCCCGGGUACCCUCAUCUCCCUGCGCGCUGCCACCACCACCACCUCCUCCUCCUCCUCCUCCUCCUCCUCCGCCCCACAAUACCUCACGCAUAACACCACCACCGCGGCCCUCACCCUGCAACCCAUCCCCCUCACCACCCGCAGCCGCCGCACCGCGCCGCCCUCGUUCCAACACCAACAAGCAACCUGGAAAGUCCACCCGGCCCUCGGCACCGCCGCCGAAGCGGGGUGCAUCUCGCUCGAAUCGGCCGCCGCGCCGGGGACCUUCCUGCGGCACACCGGCGGCGGGGCCUUCACGCUCGCGCUGCACCCGGACGACGGCACCAAGCAGUUCCGCGAGGACGCGACGUUUUGCGCGCUGGAGGGGGGACUGGGCGGCGGCGGUAGCGAUGGUGAUGCUAGUGGUGGUGAUGUCGUGGCGAUCCGCUCGUGGAACUACCCGACGCGGUACCUGCGGCGGUAUGGGGGUGGGGUGUAUGCUGCGAGUAACGGGGAGGGGGGGAAUGAGUUUGAUGCGGCGGCGGGCUUUCAUGAGGAGGUGAACUGGGUGGUGGAGACGGGGUUGGCGGCGUGA